UGUUGGUGUGUUGUCUUGCAGCUGCUGCCUGCGCCUCCACUGUCACCGUGUACCAGCUGACAGCAGCCGGGAUGACACACACACACACACACACACACACACACACACACACACACACACACACACACACACACACACACACACUCCCGCUGCUCUAUAAAGGCGCAGCCACCGAUAGAGACGCUCAGCUGUUAACUGUCUACCUGAGCUAUGGGCGUCAUCAUCUCCCAGCUGUUCUCCAGUUUCACCUCCAGGACACCUGUCAGGAUAUUAAUGGUGGGUCUAGAUGCAGCAGGUAAAACCACUCUGCUGUACAGACUGAAGCUGGCUGAGGUCGUCUCCACCAUCCCAACUAUCGGCUUUAAUGUGGAGACAGUGGAGUAUAAGAACAUUAGUUUUACAGUUUGGGAUGUUGGUGGUCAGCAUAUCAUCAGACCUCUGUGGAGACAUUACUUCACUAACACUCAGGGUCUGAUAUUUGUGGUCGACAGCAACGACCCCGAGAGGAUUAAAGAAGCUGCUGACGAGCUGCACAGGAUGUUGGAGGAGGACGAGUUGAGGGGCGUGGCCUUACUGGUGUUUGCUAACAAACAGGAUUUGCCCAGAGCCAUGUCUGCCAGUGACAUCACCGAGGCCCUGGGCCUAUCAGGACUCUCGCAGCCGUGGUCUGUCCAGGCGUCCUGUGCCGUCAGCGGUACAGGUCUGGUCGAGGGUCUGGACUGGCUCUCCGACCAGAUCCUGAACAGUAGACGCUGAUGUGUUCUGCAUUAUUUGUGUCCUGCUGAAUCUUCAGACCCGUCAGGCAGUCUGCUACGAGCCGAGCUGAGCCAGAGAACCCAGGAAGAGCACCAAGGAUCCCUUGUGUAGUGGCGUGGAAAAGGGUUUGCCCCCUUCCUGAUUUCUUAUUUUGUCACACCUAAAUGUUUCAGAUCUUCAAACUAAUUUAAAUAUAAGACAAAGAUAACACAAGUAAACACAAAAUGCAGUUAUUAAAUGAAGGUAUUUAUUAUUAAGG